AUGGAUCGCCCGGAAAUGAUCGGAAUCGCGAUCCGCGUUUGUGCUGCUGCAGCAAUGUCUUUUCUAACAGUUCGUUAUUUGGUGAAACAUCUCGAUCCAAAUCACGCGCAGAAUGAAGAAAAUGCGAAGAAGGUCAAACAAUUAUUCCAAGAACUCGGAAUAACGAAAGAAAUUCAAUUAAGCGAACAUGAACUUCGAAUUGCAACUCAAUUCGUUGGCGGAGAUGAUGUUGGAGCAGAUUGGGAUGAUAUUGGUGAGAAAUUAGAUUUUCAUGGAUUCGGAUAACCCCUAGCUCUACUAGAUUGGAACUAAUUGAAAUUUUAUAUCAGAAACUGAAGUUUUCCCCCAACAGAACUCACCAAAAAUGUUUCACAUCUGAAAAUCUUGAACAGAAACUAUUAUAGACUGAUUAGACCAUAAAGCUAGCCAAGAAAUGAUCGAAAUUCCACGUGAAACCUGUACACGUCUCAUUUUUUUAAAAUUUAUUUCCAAAACAAAAAUUCAGGAGGUUGCGAUGAAUUGGUUGCCGAGUUGAAAGAUCGAAUAAUUCUCCCGCUUCAAUUCGCCGCCGAAUCUUCAAGCACUCUUCUAUCACCACCAAGAGGAAUUUUGCUGUACGGACCACCUGGAUGUGGAAAAACAUUGUUGGCAAAAGCUGUGGCUCGAGCAGCGGGAUGCAGGUAUUUAAAUGAAUAUUUAUAUCACACCCCGGCCAAAAUCUUGUUUUUCAAAAUAAAAAAUUGUGCGCUAACUUUUUACAGUAUGAAAAUGUGCAUUUUUCAAUUUUUGACCUCUAAAAACCCUGAAUUCGUCAGUUUUGACCCUUUAAAAACUGAGAUCAAAUUUUUUUUCAAAAUUAUACUCUGCGCAACCGUGUUAUGAUUUAUAAAAAUAUAUAAAUUUUGAAAAACUAUGGUUUUUAAAGGUUCAUCAAUCUUCAAGUGUCGAAUUUGACGGAUAAAUGGUACGGAGAAUCGCAAAAAUUGGCUGCUGCUGUUUUUUCAGUCGCUCAGAAGUUUCAACCAACUAUUAUUUUUAUUGAUGAAAUUGGUGAGUGUUGAAUUGUUUUUAAGGGAAAAUUCUGUUUAAAAUUUGAAAAACACUAUCAUUUUCUGUUAUUUUCUUCCCAAUUUCUUAUUUUCUAGACUCUUUCCUUCGUGAUCGUCAAUCUUUCGACCACGAAGCGACUGCAAUGAUGAAAGCGCAAUUCAUGACACUCUGGGAUGGUUUCGCAAGUACUGGCGAUCAAAUAAUUGUGAUGGGUGCAACAAAUCGUCCACGCGACGUCGAUGCAGCAAUUUUGCGAAGAAUGACGGCCAGAUUCCAAGUUCCAGUGCCGAAUUCAAAUCAACGAGAGAAAAUAUUGAAAGUGAUUUUGAAAAAUGAGGAAAUCAAUCGGGAUGUGGAUUUGUCAAGUAUUGCUCAGGUUUCUGAUGGUUUGUCUGGAUCUGAUUUGAAGGAGGUUGGUUUUUGUUUUAUGGGUUUCGUUUUCUAGUUGAGAAGGGGUGAAAAACAAAUAUGUAGAAGAAGAAGAAAGAGCUCAACCCUAAUCCUUUGAAAAAAAAUGCCAAUGUCUUGAGAAUUUUCAAUUAUGUUCCACUGAAUCCACUUGAACACUGAAAAUUGUUUUUUUUUUGAGAAUGUGAAAUUUUUGGGUACGCGAAAAAAAAUUUUUUUUUAAUUUCAUGAAAUAAAAACAAGAUGAGAUGAAAUCAAAUUUUUGAAAUAUAAGAGCUCUAGAGCAAAAGAUUUAUGUGCAUUUCUCGAAACGCUUUUUUUGAAAACUUUGAAUACACAUUUGAUUCAAUUUUGGGAGUAAAGUAUUUUUUAUAUAUUUUUUAAAUUCAAAAAAGUAAGCUUGCCUGAUUUGCCUAGACCCAAUGAAAAAAUACCAAAAGUUUAAUCACAGCAGAUUUUCUAAAUUAGCGCAAAAAAAUCACAUUUAGCGGACAAAAAUCGUAAAUUUGAAAAUUCAAAUCUACAAGUCGAAAAUCUGGAAUUUACUGAAAUUCCAGUUUUCUCGCAAAAAAUUGAUGAUUUUUAAUUUUUUCAAAAAUUUCUAUUAGUUUUCGAAAAGUUCACUUUUUUUAUUUUUCUGUCAAAAUUCAUUCAAGUCGAAAAAAAAAUAAAAAUUUCGAUUCAGCAAACGUCAAAAAACUAUAUUUUUUCCUAUUUUUUGACAUUUUUUUUCAUUGAAACAUUUUCGCUGCGAGAUAUUUUCAUUUUUGUGUGGAAAAAAUGUCAAAACAAAAUAGAAAAUAUAUGGUUUUUUGUCAUUUGCUGAAUCUAAAUUUUUUGACAAAAAAAAAUAUUGUAUUAUUUUUUUAAAACUUUAAUCAUGCCCAUCAGUUUUCGAAAAGUUCACAUUUUGUAUUUUUUCGGUCAAAAAAUUUUCAGAUCAAAAUUUUCUGAAAAUUAUCCAUAUUUUCUUACAAUUCCAAACAUCCCCAUCAAUAUUCCCAAAUCAAAUUCAGAUGUGCUUCUUCCCAAUAAAUAUGUUUUCAUUUCUCCAGGUCUGCCGUCUUGCUCUUUUGUCACGCGCCAAAAAAACCGUUGCCGAUGGUGGAUCAAUUGACAAACUUCAACCAUUGGAGCAAUGCGAUUUCGAAACGGCGGUGCACAAAUAUUUGAGAGCUGCACAUUUGUUGAUUGAGGAAAAAUUGGAUUAG